CGGGAGGAGCGGAGCCAGCUCGGCGGAGCCAGCGCUGCGCGGGGUGCAGUCUCCAAUGCGCGGCGCGGAGGCGCCCCCGACGACCCGAGCCCGCUGCGCCCCCUCCUCACGGCUUACCUGGUGCCAGUGAAGGUAACAGGUGAGGAAACUGAGGCUCAGAGAGGCCGAGUGACUUGCUCAAGGUCACACAGCCAGGAGGCAGCAAACCCGAACCCCUCGCCCUUUUGCCCCAACAGGUCUGGCCUCACCCCACAGACAAUGGCAUUGCCCCCCAUGAGCUAGAGCCUGCUCCCCUCCCCCGGUGCCGGCCCCCCGCCCCCCGCCAGCCAGCCAGCAGGAUGCAGCUGUGGAAGGCGGUGGUGGUGACCCUGGCCUUCAUGACCACGGACGUCGGCAUGACCACGGCCAUCUACAUCUUCAGCCACCUGGACCGCAGCCUGCUGGAGGACAUCCGCCACUUCAACAUCUUCGACUCGGUGCUGGACCUGUGGGCGGCCUGCCUGUACCGCAGCUGCCUGCUGCUGGGGGCCACCAUCGGCGUGGCCAAGAACAGCGCCCUGGGGCCCCGGCGGCUGCGGGCCUCCUGGAUGGUCAUCGCCCUGGUGUGCCUCCUGGUGGGCAUCUACGCCAUGGUGAAGCUGCUGCUCUUCUCCGAGGUCCGCAAGCCGGUCCGGGACCCGUGGUUCUGGGCCCUCUUCGUGUGGACCUACAUCUCGCUCGCAGCCUCCUUCCUGCUCUGGCGGCUGCUGUCCACGGUGCGGCCGAGCGCCAAGGCCCUGGAGCCGGGGGCGGGCCCCGAGGCCGAGGCCGAGGGCUUCCCCGCCGAGGACCAGCCGGCGGCGUCGGAGCAGGCGUCGGGGGCCACGCUGCAGAAGCUGCUGUCCUACACCAAGCCCGACCUGGCCUUCCUGGUGGCGGCCUCCUUCUUCCUCAUCAUCGCGGCUCUGGGAGAGACGUUCCUGCCCUACUACACCGGCCGCGCCAUCGACGGCAUCGUCAUCCAGAAGAGCAUGGAGCAGUUCAGCACAGCCGUCGUGGUCAUGUGCCUGCUGGCCCUUGGCAGCUCAUUUGCCGCAGGUAUUCGGGGCGGCAUUUUUACCCUCAUAUUUGCCAGACUGAACAUUCGCCUCCGGAACUGCCUCUUCCGCUCGCUGGUGUCUCAGGAGACGAGCUUCUUUGACGAGAACCGCACAGGUGGGCUCGCCUCGCCGCCUCGGGGACCUGGGCUGGCUCAGGCGGGUGGGCUCGCCUCCCGCCUCACGCUGCUGGUGGUCCAGGUCAGCAUCCUCUACUACGGGGGCCACCUCGUCAUCUCCGGGCAGAUGACCAGCGGCAACCUCAUCUCCUUCAUCAUCUACGAGUUUGUCCUGGGAGACUGUAUGGAGUCCGUGGGCUCUGUCUAUAGCGGCCUGAUGCAAGGAGUGGGGGCCGCCGAGAAGGUCUUCGAGUUCAUUGACCGGCAGCCAACCAUGGUGCACGAUGGGAACUUGGCCCCUGACCACGUGGAGGGCCGCGUGGACUUUGAGAACGUGACCUUCACCUACCGCACUCGGCCCCACACCAAAGUCCUGCAGGACGUCUCCUUCAGCCUGUCCCCAGGAAAGGUGACUGCGCUCGUGGGGCCCUCGGGCAGCGGGAAGAGCUCCUGCGUCCACAUCCUGGAGAACUUCUACCCCCUGGAGGGGGGCCGCGUGCUGCUGGACGGCAAGCCCAUCAGCGCCUAUGACCACAAGUUCCUGCACCGCGUGGUAGGUGGUGGGCCUUGCUGCCCCCUCCGCCCUCUCUGUGUCCCAGCCGCUUUCUCGUGAGCAGAGGCGAUUGGUGCAGUUCAGGGACGAAUCACCAACCUAACACCACCCAGGUCACGAAUAGAACACCCUGCCCUCCCAGAGGCCCCCUUGGAGCAACAUCUCACCACCGUUAGGAUCAUAAUUGUCUUUCUUUUUUUCAAACACGAGCGAAAGUUUAUUUAGAAAAUUACAGAGGCCCUGGCCAGUGUGGCACAGUGGUUGAGCG